AUGGUCAACGAACAAGACAAAACUACAAAAACUAAUAUUCAAACUCGUCAUCCAUUAGAACCUUUAUCACUUCUGGAAGUCGAACGUACUGUCAAUGUUUUAAAAAAACAAUCUGAUAAAGUCACACCAACAACACGUUUUGUAUCUAUUACUUUACAUGAAGCACCAAAAGAAAAAAUACUUAAUAAAUCUAAUGAAAAAAUUUCACGUGAAGCUGAUGUUAUUCUAUUUGAUAAUGGUACAAAUUCAUGUUAUGAAGCACAUGUUUCACUUGAAAAUGAAGGUCAUCUUAUUUCAUUUGAACAUAUACCUAAUGUUCAACCAACAAUGACAGUUGAUGAACAAGUUGAAUGUGAACAAGCUGUACUUCGAUCAGUUGAAUUUCGAGAAUUAAUACGUAAACAUUAUGGUAUUGAUGAUGUUAAUCGAGUUAUGGUUGAUAUAUGGUCAAGUGGAUAUUAUGGACAAGAAGAAGAACGAACACGUCGUUUAGCAAGACCUCUAUGUUUUCUACGAUCAGAUCCAACUGAUAAUGGAUAUACACAUCCUAUUGAAGGUUUAAGACCAGUUGUUGAUCUUAAUUUAAUGGAAGUUAUUCGUGUUGAAGUAUAUAAUAAUUAUCCCAUUCCUCCUAUGAAUUUUAAUUAUGCAGCUGAUCGAGUAGAAAAAGUUCGUGAUGAUAUUCGACCAUUAGAUAUUAUUCAACCUGAAGGUCCAAGUUUUCAAGUUAAUGGUAAUCAAGUAUCAUGGCAAAAAUGGUCAUUUGUUGUUGGUUUUACAAUGCGUGAAGGUUUAGUUCUUCAUCAUUUAACUUAUGAUAAUCGAUCAGUUUUAUAUCGAGCUGGAUUAAGUGAAAUGGUUGUACCUUAUGGUGAUCCAGCUGAACAACAAGCCCGAAAAAAUGCAUUUGAUUGUGGUGAAUAUGGUGUAGGUUGUUGUACAAAUAGUCUUGAACUUGGUUGUGAUUGUCUUGGACAUAUAAAAUAUUUUGAUGGAAAUAUGUGUACAAGUCGAGGAGAAUUAUUAGUUAUUAAAAAUGCUAUUUGUCUUCAUGAAGAAGAUGUUGGAAUUCUAUGGAAACAUACAGAUCGACGAUUAAAUAAUCCUGAAGUACGACGAAGUAGACGAUUGGUUAUUUCAAGUAUUGCAACUAUUGAAAACUAUGAAUAUGGUUUCUCUUGGUAUUUAUAUCAAGAUGCCAGUAUUCACUUUGAAGUUAAACUGACUGGCGUUCUUUCAUUAGGUGCUCUUCUACCAGAUCAGAAAUCUUCAUAUGGUUCAUUAAUAGCUCCACAACUAUAUGCUCCAUAUCAUCAACAUUUUUUUAGUAUGCGUCUAGAUUUAGCUAUUGAUGGAAUAAACAAUACAGCAUAUAUAGUUGAAGUUGAAGCUGAUCCAGACGAUGCUAAAUAUAAUCAAUUUCAUAAUGCAUUUCAUUUAAAUAAAAUACGACUUGAUACUGAAAAACAAGCAAGAAAUAAUUUAUGUUUAGAAAAAUCUCGUUGUUGGAUAUUUGAAAAUAAUUCUACUCGUAAUGCUAUUGGUCAACCAACAGCUUAUAAAUUAUAUCCAGGUGAAAAUUGUAUGCCAAUGAGUUCAAAAAAAGCUUGGUGGCGUAAACGUGCUAGUUUCGUUGAUUAUCAUGUAUGGGUAACACCAUUUGAUGAAAAAGAAAGAUUUGGAGGAGGAAAUUAUCCAAAUCAAAGCCAAGGUGAUAGCGGUUUAUUAAAAUAUACGGAACAAGAUCGAUCAAUUGUUGAUAACGAUAUUGUUCUGUGGUAUACAUUAGGCGUAACACAUAUACCACGACAAGAAGAUUUCCCUGUUAUGCCUGUUGCUCCAUGUGGAUUUACUCUUAAACCUAAUGGAUUUUUUGAUAUAAAUCCAGCAAUAAUCCAUAUUAAAUAUGGACACACUCAAGCAUCCAAUCUUCGAGAAAUCCCUAAUGUGUCCUUCACAACUACGUCUACUCCAUCAUCGACAACAAUUCCAUUGUCAACAAAAACGAAACAAUAUUUGCGUGAUCAAUUAAUUUACUUGAACGACCAAUUUUCUUCAUUAACAUUAUCUAGUAUAGAUCGAAUUAUCCGUGAAAUUUAUCUACAAUCAUUAAAUACAUUUAUUAUUGAAAAACGUAAUUUAACUGAACUUGUACUUGAAAUGGCAAAUUAUACAAAUCGUGCUAUUAUGAAAAAAUUAGAAGCUAUUAGAAAUUUAGUUAAUAUAAGUGAACAAUCCUAUAGAAGGUUUGCUGAAACAGAUGAAACAAUUCGAAAUGCAACUGCUAAAUUUAUGGCUAAAUAUGGAUAUUUCAGUUCAAAACAUGUGCUUAAUGUUACAAUAAAUAGUACCAAUGAAAAUUCAUCAUCAAUCACAACAACAACAUCAUCAUCAUCUACAACAUUAGAAAGUAGUUCAUCACCAAUGAUAACAUUAGAUGAAUUAUUAACAGGAACUCCUUCCUAUUCAACAACUACGAAUAUCAAUGAAGAAUUAUCUAGUGAUUCAAGUCAAUUAUUAAGUGAACCGGAAAGCGAAUACAAAGCAUUAGAAAAAGAAUUAUUUAUUCAACAAAAGAAACAUUUCGGUGGUGCUUUUGUUAAUAUAACACAUAGUACAGUACAUGUUCCGACAAUUAUUUAUUCUUUAAGUCGAGAAAUUUUAUUAACAGCAAAUUGGUCGUAUAAUCUAAAUCAAGCAUUCCUUGAUAAUUAUGAUCAUGAUCCAGAAUUAACGUGGCAAUAUUUUUGUAGUCAAACAGGUCUUUAUCGUGUAUGGCCAGGUCAUAUAUGGGAAUAUCCUGAAGAUGAUACAGAUCGAUUAGAUUUAUUUGAUUGUCGUGUACAAAAUUGGUAUAUUCGAGCAACAUCAUCACCACGUGAUGUAAUUAUUUUAAUUGAUGCAAGUGGUUCAAUGACGGGACUAAAACAAUCGAUUGCUAUACAAACCGUUGAAACAAUAUUGGAUACUUUAUCCGACGAUGAUUUUUUUCAAGAAGACCCAGAAUUUAUUGAUGAUUGUUUUCGAGGUGGACUUGUUCAAGCAACAUUUGAGAAUCGACAUAAAUUUCGUGUAUCAGUUAAUACUCGUAUAAAAACAAAAGAUAUAGCAAAUUUUUCAAAAGCGCUUGAUAUGGCAUUUGAUAUAUUAGAUAGUGCACGUAGGAAUAUAUCUCGAACAGAAAAUGCAAGAUUAUUAUGUCAAUGUCAUUAUUUAUCAACCGAUAAUCAAACUGAAGCACAACGUGAAGCAUUUUGUCCAUCAGAUUUUAAUGCCCAUGGUUAUGGUGAAGAUGAACAACCAUUUUUGGAUAGUACAGGAUGUAAUAAAAUGAUAAUGAUUGUUACUGAUGGUGCUACAGAAACAGCUUUACCUGUUUUUAACAAACGAAAUUGGAAGCCAGAUAAUAUUUCGACAUGUCAUCCAACUGAAACACGAGUAUUUACAUAUAUGAUUGGAAGAGAAUUAGGAGAUCCGAAAUAUAUUCGAUGGAUGUCUUGUGCUAAUAAAGGUUAUUUUGCUCAUGUAUCAACAUUAGAAGAUAUUCAAGAAAAUGUUGAAGAUUAUAUUCCAAUAACAGCACGCCCCAUAGCUAUGUAUAAUGAUCAUGUUACUGUUUGGAGUAGUGUUUUUCUUGAUGUUGAAAGAACAUUACCAAUAAAAACCUAUAAAUGGUUUCCAUUUAAAUUUACCGAUUUAUCAAUAUCAAUGGAUGAAUUUAAAAAUAAAUCGAAACCUGUUAAUUUAAUGAUUUCUAUUGCACAACCUGUUCUUAAUCCACCGCAUCAUGCACGCGAUGAGACAAUUCUACUAGGAGCUGUUGGUGUUGAUAUUCCAGUUAAACUUUUACAAGAAUUUUCACCUAAAUAUCGACUUGGUGUUCAUGGUUAUUCAUUUAUGGUUAAUCAUAAUGGUUAUCUUAUGUUUCAUCCUGAUUUACGACCUGUGUUGGGUCCAUAUCGUAAACAAAAUUAUCAUUCAAUUGAUUUAGAUAUGGUAGAAAUUCCAGAUAAUCUUAUGAAAUUUGUACAUCCUUUACCAGCAAGUAAAAUUCAACAAAUACGAAAAGAUAUGGUUUUAUCAAAUGCAAAUAGACGUUCAGCAAGAGUUAAAAAACAUUUAGAUGAUAUGAGACGAAUAGAAGAAGUUGAACAAAAAUAUUAUUAUGCAACAUUAGGUGAUAAAGAAUCAAAUCCAUUUAGUUUGGGUAUUGCUUUACGUUUUCCUUAUGGUGAAUUUCAUGUUCGAACAACUGAUCCUGAAACAGAAAAAGUUCAAAUUGCUCUUCGUUUUAUUCGUCAACGAAAUGUUCGUAUUGCUGAUUGGAUUUAUUGUAAUUCUACAGCUGAAGAUGAUAUUGGUGAUACAGAAGAAUCAUUUCGUGGUUAUUUAAAAGAAAAAAUUGAAAAAAAACAUAUUGGUUCAUGUCCAUAUAAAGCAAGUCGACAAUUAAUACAUAUGAUGAUUGAAGAAUUAUAUAUAAUGAGUAAAUUUGAAAAUUGGACAAAAACUAAUAUAAGUGAUCAUGAACAUCAAAAACAAUUCGAUCAAACAGCUUAUUUUGAUUUUAAAGAAUAUCAACGUGAAAAUCAUUUACAUUGGAUAUUUUUAGGAACACGUUCAGGUAUAACAGCUUAUUGGAGAUUAUAUCAUUCAGCUAAUGAAGAACAUAUACGACAAUUUGGUGAUGCAAAUCCAAAUUCAAUUGAAGCAAGUUAUUAUGAACGAACAAUAAAUGCAACUUAUACAUAUGGUGCGGAUCAUAUACAUGGUGAUUAUCAUGUGUAUUCAAUUUUUUAUGGAAUAUCAAAUAUACCAACAACAAAUUCGCAAAUGAUUGCUGAAAAUCAUACAAAUACAACGGAAGGACAAAUAGGAUCAUCAACAUCAAUGGCAACAUCAGAAAGAUAUUUAAUUGUAACAACAGCUAUAUGGAUGAAUAAAACAUUAAAUCGAUCGAAGAUUGCACAAAAUGUUCCAUUUGGAGUUUUUGGAGUUAUGUUACCAUAUAAAGCAGUUCGUUCAAAACAAUUUUCAAAUCUUUGUGCUAAAAUCGAUACGGGUAUAUGUUAUAUUAUUGAUGAAAAUGGAUAUAUUAUGUUUAUAAAUCAACAAGAAGGAAAAGAUCGAACAGAUGAUAUUGGUAAAUUUUUGGGUGAAUUCGAAGGAGCAAUUAUGCAAGAUCUUAUAGCAAAAAAAAUUUUCUCAGAAAUAAAAAUGGUUGAUUUUCAAGGUGUUUGCUUACGACGUCAAUUACGUUUCGAAAAAAGUUCUGGUCAUUAUUUUCAUGGUAUUCUUCAAACAAUUUCAAUUAUGUUUUGGAAUAUUAUCAAUCAUUUAGCAAUGAUACUUAUUCAUAAUAUAAUAUAUUUUCCUCAAUGGUCUUAUGCAACGAAAACAACUAAUAAUAUCAAUCAAAAUUUAACUAUUGAUAAACCUUUACCAAAAACUUAUAUACGAGAAAGUCUUAGUAAUAUUCUUUUAACAUAUAUUGAUUUUCGUCAUCCAAUAUUAGAUCAUAAAAUAUUAAAUUCAACAAAAGAUGAUGAAACAAUUGAAAAAAUUCCUGAAUCAUGUAUUGAAGAAUUUAAUUUAUAUGUAUCAACAUGGAAAGGAUGGCAAGGACCGUUACCAUCAAAAGAUAAUAAAAUAACAUGGGAACAAGUCGAACGUGAUAAUACAAUAUAUGGAACAGUUAGUUGUACUCCUUCAAUUAAAGAACAUCCAGAAAAUUUUGAAGAUUUAUAUGAGAAUGAAACUAAUAGUACGAAUGGUUCAACAGUAGUACCACCCAUACCUGUUCCUGAAUUAUACAGUUAUUCAAUAUCGAAAAUUCCAAAGACUAAUUUAAUGUUGAUAUAUGCAAACCAUUCCAAAGAAGCAUCUUUAAUAUGUGAACAAUUAAUAAUAAAACGUAAACCAGUUGAAUUUACGACUGAUGAAUGGUGUACACGUUUGAAAACAACACCAUAUCGUGAAAGACCACAUAAAUGUUUUUUUGUACAUGAAGGAGAAAAAGAACCAUUAUUUUCCAAAUGUUCGACUGCUAAUCGAUUGACUCAACCAUAUAUAUUUGUUAUAUUAACUGUAAUUAUUAUUGAACUGUUUUUUUACUGUAUGAAAAAAAAUUGA